UGCUUGCUCCUCUCCAUAACCCUCCAGUUCUUGCUUGAAUUCACUGCUUUUCUCUUUUCAUACGUGAGGAGACCCCUGUUUUACAAUUUUGAUCUUUGGGAGGGUCUCCCCCCCUUCUCUAGGGAGGAAAUCAGCUUAGAACGCUCUUUCACUUUACUCACGGCCUCUAGUUACAGCAGUGUUUUUGCCCAACACAAUGGCGCGUGUUCGGAUGCACCAAGAUCCAAUUGUUAUGGUUAUUGACUUUCACCAUGCUAGGGGCCCUGAAAUUGAACUAUGCUUUGGUCCAGAAGGAACCGACCCAGCAGCCGAGAAUGACUGGUCUCUGUUGCCAUUCAUGGCCCUUUCAGAUGGAGCGCACUUAUCGACUGAGGAGUUCUCCUAUUUCACCCUCCGGCGCAAAGCUACCGACACCGAGCCUGAGACCUCCCUUUUCGGUAUCUCCUGCUCUCGACAAAUUGAUUCGAAGUCUCUUAUCUAUCGACCUGCGGAUGUGACGCGGUCGACAGUACAAAAAGCGGUUGUUGUUGUGACGGAUAAUCCCAAGGACCUGGGGCAGCUUAGGGAGAAGCUAUCCGUGGUGACGUCUGCAUGGUUCGCGCAGCGGGACUUCUCGGACUUUGAUAUUUUGAAGAAAUUUCGCGAAGGGUUGGUUAUCAGCCUGGAGAAAGGUGAAGCAUCUAAAGAUCAAACUCUCGGCCUCUCUUUACGCGAGAUGAUUCAUGAGUUCAAAUACCAGACUCUUGUUUUGUUCAAAGCCCUACUGCUACAACCAAAGAUGCUAUUCUUCGGCACGAGAUGCGAGCGCCUGUGCAUGAUUCAGUUUUCUCUUAUUUCUCUUAUCCCGGGCCUCAUGAACCAUCUUCAGGAUUGCGCCGACCCAGCAUUUGACACCUAUGCCCAGACUGUUGAGAAGCCUACAUCUCUUAGGACAAGUGAUAGAAACUCCCUGCUGGCCUACAUGGGGCUGCCGCUGCAGAUUUUUGGAAAGGGCAGCAUGUUUGGGCCGUACACACCUCUACAGCAGCUGGAUCUGCUGGCGGAUUACGGAACAAAGUCAUAUGUGGUUGGUUCUACGAAUCCAUUACUUUUACAACAGAAAGAUCGUUACAGUGAUAUCUUAAUAAAUCUUGACGAAGAUACAAUCAAUAUUACAUCCCCAUCUCUACGAGCCGCGCUGGCUUUAUCUGUUGCGGAUCGCCGCUGGAUUGACCUCAUCACCCAAAUUGUUAACGAAACAUGGGACGAGGCUCAUCCCCAACAGCCAAAGACACAUGGAUUCAUGGGGUCUGAAGAGUUUAUCAGGCUGCAGUUCGAAGAGUACCUUCUUGCAUUACUAUCGAGCAUGAAAUACCACGAGGAACUCGUCUCUUGCAACAAUGGUGACCCGGCCCGGAGAAGUCGCUCACAACUGGAAGCUUAUAACAUCGAGGGUGAUCCGGCGCUUGAGUUCAACACGGAGUUCCUGAUGCAGUGGAAAAACGCUUCCAACUACUCCCUCUUCCAGCGCCUGACCUCCGAUGCGCUCUUAUUCUCUAUCGCUGAACCUCGACACCCAUCUGCCGGCGGCCUGACAAUCGACGAUGUCCAACGGCGAAUUUCGCAACAAGUCGCUGACCUACACCUCGACGAAAGAGUACGCGAGGGUCGCGAGGCACUGAACAGACAUUUAUCUACAAGCCAAAAGAAAUUUACUGCCGCCUUUAACAGCUUCUGGGCCGAUAUCGAAUCCAUGCGGGAAGCGCAGCGGAAACGCAACGAAGAGAAAGCAACCCAAUCGCGGCGCUCAUCGAUAGACAAGACCUCUUCUGUAGGCUCACCUCCAUUCUCACCUUCCGACUCAACAUCGGUAGCUUCAACGACCACUGGUGCGGGUGGAUCCUCUUGGUUCGCAAGCCGCAAAGGCCCCGCAGUGGAUAUGGUCCAGGCCCAGGCCUCCGUCAACGCAGUUGGCCAAAAGGCAGGUGCCUAUUUCAGCUCGUGGAGCUCGUGGGCGACCGAGAAGCGAAAGGAAUGGCAGAAACCUGCGCCAUCCGCAUCAGAAUCUCAAAGCCCAACAAAUGCCACCGCUUCUCCGACAACUCCGACCUUAACGAGUAUCGGCGAAGCCAGCAUCAAGGCCAACGCCAAUGGCAAUUCUAAUGGCAACGACACAGACAGAGGCAGGAGAUGCUCCAUGCAAUCCCACCGCAGUGAAGACUCAACCACCCUUUCCCGUAGCGGAAGCAGAAGAAAGCGCUGGAGUAACCUCUUUCUAAAACGCGAUAGUGUUGACUUUGGUUCUCAAGGGAUAGGAGGAAUAGGGGCAGUCGAAAGCAACGAACAAGAAACCGUUUAUUCCAAAUCUCCUUUAUCUAGAGAAGCCCCAGCCUCACUCAACACCUCUGAACAACAAGAGACUGAGUUCAAGCUCGUUGCUCCUGAACCCGAACCUGAGCUUGAUGUGUCAAAGCCGCCGGAGCAGCAACAGCAAGAACAGCAAGAACAGCAAGAUUCAACCAGUACAACAGAUGCCUCUGCUUCAACUCACACUCAACCAGAGGCCUCCACAGAGAAACCAACCAAGAUAGUCUUGGAUGAUGCAAGCCAACUCUCGUCUUAACCGACACUGAUAUGUUCCCACAUAAUGAAUGCAUUUCUGUAUAAAACCACUUCAGAAACUUACCCGGAUGGUUUUCCAUGUACGCCUCAUUGGCUGAUUCAUAGAGAUUUAUACUUCGAUUACAUACCCCCC